GGAAUAUUUCGUUCUUGUGCAGUUUUAAAACAGAAAAAGGCCCAUGUGAGUUUUAAAAUUUUAAUUUUAGUUUUUUUUUUUUUUUUUUAGUUUUUAAGUAUUUAUAAAAACCUAUCAGUGAAGCCAUUCAGAAGUUCUCCAAAAGUUGAAAACAUUGGGACAGACUUUAAAAUAGAGAUUCCAUUGUUUCUGAGAAGGUGCUAUUUUGUGUCGAAUAAAUUUUGUUCUCGCUUCAGCCAGUGGAUCACAGAUUGGUCAGUGCUUUUUUAAAAAUCUGUUUUUAUUGGUUGAUGAGUUUUAUUUUGUCAUGCUCAUGUGGGAGUGUCCUAUAGACACUUGAUAACUCGCACAAAGUUGUAUUUUGGGGGAAUUUCUAAUGGAUCUAAAGUAGGUAACCGUCUAACGUUUUGUCCGAUUACGGUAACAUUGGGUGUGGUCAAAAUGGCUAUUUAUUUAUCUCUCAUGGGUCACUUUGUAACAAUACAAUCCACAGGAUAUCUCUAGAAGAUCCUCUUGACUACUUAUUGUUUUUCUUUUGUAUAUCUGUCUCCCCUUGGAGGCAGGUUUCUAUGGAAACUAAACUAACAGUAUUUUUCUGGACUGAGGUGUGUGCUGCCUGACCCCGCCCACCUUUCAUAGUGUUUUGUUGGAGAGUUUAUCACACAGAUGCAUGGAAAUAAUAGUCACCAUUUGUUAGUAAUGGGCGAUUGAGGCGUCUUCGGUGUCAAAAUGGACAGGUCUACUGGGGACGCACUGAUUUGAACGGAGAAUUGUCUUUGAACACAAGGCUGCUUGUGUCGACAGAGUAUUGUUGCCCCAGUGGUUACGGUGUUUGUGAAGCCACGCUCUCAUUGCUGUCCGUCUUCAGUGUUCUUUGGGACAACGGGUUAAAAAAAAGAUGUCAAAAAUAUUAACUAAGUGUUCUUAUUUUUUUCUUUUAUUUUUGUUUUUGUUAUUUCUGCUGGUACGCACUUGACUGUGUGUGUGUGUGUGUGUGUGUGUUGUUGGACACUACCAACAUCCGUGUGCGAUUAACGGACUGCCACAGAAUAAAUCAUUUGUUUACAAAAAAAUCUAUUUUUGUUUCAGAUGUUAUAUGCCACCGUGUGUAAUUUAACUGUAAUGAACACCGCAUUGCUAAGGAUGGUGUCUGCAGCCCUAACCCACGUUUGAUUCAUGGGCUGGCUAGCGAAGUGGAACCUCACGGAACGAGCAUCGGUUGCGGGACGGACCAAAUCGAUCGCAGCCGCUCUGGUUAUCGUAUCACCGAUUCUGUAGACCAGUCACCAACCCAGAUUCUGUUGGUGUUCUGCGAUAUUAGCACUGAACUGUAUCACGGUACAGAAAGUCCAUUGCCACAGUUUGUGGUCCUCUCACAGCUUCAAGUUAACUUCAGCAGUUCCUGGUCCUGCAUACCAUGUGCAGCUCAUACCAGCAAGCACAUACUAAGACCACAAAAAUGUAUGUUUGUAUACAUUUAAAAAAAAAUCAUCAUUUGCAUGUAUUGUCAUUACAGCAUACACUGUAAUUCUCCUCAUGCGAGUUAAAAAAAGCAUUACACUCCUGUUUGUAAUAUGUCAGCAUGCUGUACAUAUUUUUAAAAACCUACACCGUAAAAAUGCAUGACAAUUUCAUAAAAUCUGUAAGGAUGCAUUUAGAAUGUAUCACACAUCUUAAAAUAUAAUCCUAAUUCAGUUAAGCGGUGUUACCUCCCCAUGAUUUAUGACUUAAGUUAUCAACAUGCAAAUUCGUUAGCGCGUUAGUAGAACCAGUUAUUAAUGGUAAUAUAUUUUUUUAAUGAAAUAAAAGGUGCAGGGUCACUUGAGCGUUCCGCACUGCCGAAAUUCGUGAAUAAUUUACUAGUUUAUGUGAAUAAUGUACUUGUUUCUGUGCGUAUGUUACGUCCCCUGCCUCUGCUUGCCUGGGUAGUACAGGUGGAGGUAAUUACCUACUUACUUAAUUGCCCCCACCUGCCUGUGGCCCAAUAUAAGCCCGGUAGUGUGAGGCUGAAAAAGACCACACACAGUCCCAAAAGAAGAAUCUAUGUGGUUUAUGGUUUUUGUUGGGAUCUUUCUGUUUGGUAAACUUUGUGGAUUUUCGUUUGUUGUAGUUUGCGUUUUAGUUUAUCAUUUGUUCUAAUAAAUGUCUGGGUUUUCUUUUUAAAUCACUUUCUGGAUUGUUUUUUUUUGGUGCAUUUGGACUUGUUUGUUGCGGCCCUUCGAGCCGGCCGUAACAGCGCGUAUGAAGCCGCCGAUGCGGUGGGGCAGGUAGGCGAUGCAGCAGUUUGCUGAGCUCAUGGCCAGCCAGGCAGUGAAGGACUACGCCCAGCAGGAGGCGCACCGCGCCGCCAGGGAGGCUUCGGGGCAGAAGGCUGCGGGGCCGAAAGCGCCGGCCAGGCACCUCCACGGCAAGCCGCCGCCCGGCUACAGCCUGCCGCCCCGCCCCGACCAGAGGGAGCCCAGCAGGGAGGAGGCGCGGAGCUGCAGCUGCGACCAGCAGCAUGCCCGUAGCUGCCCCGGUUACCCCCUGCCCCCCUCCUUUGCCUCUUUCCUGUCCCUAAAGCCCAGAGAGACGCCCUCCUCCCGAACCAAAGCGCCCAAGCCCGACCGGAACUGCUUGCCCAAGGACCCCGGCGCCGGGUCCGUGGACCCGGGCCUGGGCCUGGCUUUGGGGAUGUCUCUGGAGGGGCCGGCCCACGACCCGGACUGCCCCUACGUCCCCGACCCGGGGCAGCAGCUCCCCAAGCGGCAGGGGCAGGACCCCGCGCGGGACGGCGGCCCCCAGCAGGCCCCCUCCCUGCCGUGCCUCUGCUUCCAGACCUGCGCCCAGUUCCUGUGCCAGUCCCAGGCCCCGCCGGCGGACUCGGGCCUCCCGGCCCCGGCGCAGUCCCCGGGCCCCUUCCCCUGCUUCUCCUGCCAGCGCAGCUUCCCCACCUGCGCCCAGCUGCUGCGCCACCAGCAGAGCCACGGGCUGCAGGAGGGCGCCUCGCAGCACCUGUGCAUGCACUGCGCCGCCGCCUUCGCCCGCCCCGCCCUGCUGCUGCAGCACCAGCGCGAGCGCCACGCCGCCGAGCCGCGCGGCUUCCUCUGCCCCGAGUGCGGCCGCGCCUUCAACUCGCACGGCAACCUGCGCAUCCACCUCAACGUGCACACGGGCGCCCGGCCCUACUCCUGCGCCGACUGCGGCAAGAGCUUCAGCCAGUCGGGGGCGCUGCGCGUGCACCGGCGCAUCCACACGGGCGAGCGGCCCUACGUCUGCGCCUACUGCGCCCGCGGCUUCUCCAACCUGGCGGGCCUGCGGGCGCACGAGCGCACCCACACGGGCGAGAAGCCCUACCCCUGCCCGCAGUGCGGCAAGUGCUUCACCCAGUCGGGGGCGCUCAAGAUCCACACGCGCAUCCACACCGGGGAGCGGCCCUUCGUCUGCGGCCACUGCGGCAAGGCCUUCUCCAGCCACUCGGGCAUCCGCUUCCACCACCGGACGGUCCACGGCGCCAUCCCCAAGCUCAGCAUCACCGUGGGCCUGAGCCCCUGCAGCACCCCCACCACCGGGUCCAGCGCGGGGCCCGGCUCCGACACCAGCCUGGGGGGGCCCGGGGGCCCGAACUCCAACGUCAGCUCCCCGGCCUCCAUGUACUCCAGCGCCAACGCGUGUUCCGGUGGCCCCCACCCCAAAAGCCCCGGCCUGGACGCGGCCGCCGCCUCCUCCUCCUCCUCCUCCUUCCCGGGCCCCGCCUCGCCCCCCCGGCCCAGCGCGGACCUGCGGGCGGGGGGCGAGGCGGCGCCCAAGCUGGGGGCGGACCCCGCCGUCUCGGGGCUGGACCUCAGCCGCGGCUCGGCGGGGCGGGAGCAGAGGGCGCGGCCGUACGACGGGGCGGGGCGCGGGGCCGCGCGGAGGGGCCCGCACCGGGCCCCCGAGCAGCAGAGGGGCCGGGCUGGAGCGCUGCGGGAGAAAGAGGCGGGAGAGAGGGACGGCACGGGCGGCCUGACCCACUGAAGGCUCCCGUGG